AGUUUGUUGUUGUCAUCAUUGCAGACCAAAGUGGCCAUCAUCUUCACUUGUUUCCUCUGAUGGAUUAAUUACAGCCAUGGCUUAUCGUCUGCCUCAUGUAGUUAUCGGAGACAGAUCGGGUAACAUACGCUGGUGGGAUGUUACCACUGGGCAAUCAUCCUCAUUUAACACUCACAGAGAAGGUGUAAGGAGAAUCAAGUUCUCGCCGGUUGUUCCAGGAGAUCGUAGCCGUGGACGUAUUGCAGUUUUAUUUUAUGACAACACAUUCUCUGUUCUUGAUCUUGAUUCAUCAGAUCCAUUGGCCAAUUCCCUCUUACAACCGCAAUUUCCUGGAACGCUUGUGCUUGAACUUGACUGGUUGCCUUCACGAACAGAUAAGAAUGAUCCAUUGGUAUUGUGCAUUGCUGGAGCUGAUAGUAGCUUUCGUCUCAUUGAAGUUAAUGCAAAUGACCAGAAAAUGGGCUUUCGUCUUCAAGCUCAAUCAGUGAAGGAGAGGUUCCGACCGCUGCCUUUGUCCUCUCCAAUAUUGCUGCCUACACCACAUGCGCUGGCAUUGCGGAUGAUUUUACAGUUAGGGGUGAAGCCCACGUGGUUCAAUGCAUUCAGUACAACCAUGAACAAGACACAUUCACAUAUUCCAGGAACUCCAUCAUCUGAAGAUCUUCGCAGUUAUAUGCUUGAUUCACCACGUGUUGGUGACUCUGUAGUUCCGGAGAUGCUGCUUAAAGUAUUAGAGCCUUACCGUAAAGAAGGCUGCCUCCUUGAUGACCAGAGAGUGAGACUCUAUGCUAGUCUUGUCAACAAAGGUUUUGCAGCAAGGUUAGCAUUUGCAGCUGCAGUUUUUGGUGAAUCCACAGAAGCACUUUUCUGGCUUCAAUUACCUCAGGCUCUUAACCACUUGAUGAUUAAAUUGGUUAACAAGUCACAGAAAGGCCCACAUGCUGCUGCAAUUGCUGAGAUUGACGAGGCAUCCAUGUUGAGUAGAAUCUCUUCGAAAGGAAAAUCAGUGCCUGGAGAGAAAAAGAAUCCAUUGGGUAAUGGCCAACUUAGGUUAAUGGCUUUUGAACAAGCGGAACUAUGGGAGUCUGCUAUGGAACGCAUUCCUUGGCAUGAAAAAUUGGAGAGUGAAGAGGCAAUUCAGAACCAUAUACAUGAGUAAGUCUUUCUAUAACUC